CUCCUUUUUUUUUUUUUUGAGAGAGCAGCUCUCAGUGACUCUUCUGAGUGGUGCAGACAGUUAAGCGUUGGGCUGCUAACUGAAAGUUUGGCCUUUUGAAAGUACCAAGAGGCACCUCGGAGGAAAGGCCCGGUGAUGUACUUCUGAAAGGUCGUAGCCGCUGAAAACUUUGUGGAUCGAAGUCCAGCUGAAACACACGUGGGGUAACCGUGAGUUGGAGUUGAUUUACUGGCAACUUGCUUUUUGUUUUUUUUUAUUUUUUCUGCAAAAGCACCUUUCUGGAUGAAUUUAAUCACUCUGUUCACCCAGGCCUUCCAAGUUUGCUCCUGAGUGAAUUUCACGUGCACCCUCGGGUCACAUCUUGUCUUUAGACACUGGUAUCUCACUGGUUUCCGAGUCAUUACUCAGGAGAAUUCGUGCACGGGACAUUGUGAGGGCUAAAGACUGGUAGCCGUUGAGUGGACUUCAACGCAGGAUGACAACACACAAGUGAAACAUAGUUGAGCCUGUUUCUUCCCAAAACGUUUCGGCUAUUUCUGGAUGCUUCCUGAAAACCAUGUCUUGGGUUGCAGCGGGCACGAGGAAAAGACAAAAACAAACCAGUUGCGAUCCAGUAUGACCCCAGUGCGUGUCAGAGUAGAGCGACGCUUCGAAGGGUUGUCAGUGGCUGACUUUUUGGAAGCAGACUGCCAGGCCUUUAUUUCAAGAUGCCUCUGGGUAGACUCGAACUGCCAACCUUUCAGUUAGAAGCCAAAUGCCUUGACCAUUUACACCACCCAAGGACUGCGUUGUGAGAGAUACAAGACUGUUUAAGUAGACUGAUGUCUUUGGGAUGGUUAAAUUCUUUUAAAAUUUGCAGUGAUUUGUAAUCAUUGGCUAAUGGCCUACUUUCUUUUAUGUUUUAAUAUGACAGCUUUAUUGCAGUAUAGUUCACAUACCAGACACUUUGCCCAUUUAAAGAGUACAAUUUAGUGUAUUUGCAGAGUUGUGCAACCAUCGCCAGUAUCUAAUUAUAGAACACUCUUGUCACCCCAAUCAGAAACCCUGCACACAUCACCAGUCACCCCUGUUCUCCUUCUCCCCAGCCCCUGGCAUCCACUGAUCUACUUUCUGUCUCUGGUUUUGCCUGUUCAGGGCAUGUAAUAGAAAUGGACAGCAUGUGGGCUUUUGUGUCUGGCUUCUCGCUGAGCAUGUUUUCAAGGUUUAUCCACUUUGUAGCAUGUGUUGACCUAGUUUCUUUGGUAAACAUUCUGUGAUAGCUCUGGGCUGUCAAGAAGUGUUGGGAACUGAAGAUACAAGUGUGUUUUGGUUAAUCGUGGUCUAGUCGGCCCCCAACUCAUGGUGACCCAGUGCACAAUGACACAAAACUCUGCCUGGUCCUGGUCCAUCCUUGUGUUUGGUUGCGGGUUGGACUGUUGUGAUCCAUAGGGUUCUCGUUGGAUGACUUUUGGAAGGAGAUCGCCAGGCCUUUCUUCCCAGUCUGUCUUAGUCCAAAAGUGCCACUGAAACCUGUUUAGCAUCACAACAACAUGUACACCUCCACUGACAGACAGGUGGUGGCUGCACGUCAGGUGCGUUGGCUGGGAAUGGAACCCUGGUCUGUCACAGGGCAAGUGAGAGUUGUACCACUGAACCAUCACUGUACCCUCCGGAGCCUCUGGGCUUCACAGAUAGCUUCGUAGAGGCAAGUUAAAAACCCAAGGGUCUUGGCUAGGUCUGUCUUAUGUUACAUUGCUUUUUAUCUUUUGCUGUGUACUCUGUUAUACAUUCUUUCUUGUUGUUAGUUGCCAUUGAGUCAGUUCUGACUCAUGGUGACCCCACGUGUGCAGAAUAAAGAUUUUCCAUAGGGUGUUCAAGGUGGUGACCUUUCAGAAGCAGAUUGCCACGCCUGUCUUCCGAGGUGCCUCUGGGUGGGUUUGAACAGCCAGCCGUUCGGCUAGAAGUCAAGCGCUUAACUGUUUGUGCCACCCAGGGACUACUUGUUAAUUUUUUAAAUUCUAUUAAUUCUUUCGUAUCAUCCAGCUUAAUAAAUGCACCAUUGAUUUGGUGUUGAAAAAUUAUUUUUAUUCAGAGAUUUCCUUUAUGUGCUUAGUAUCUUUUUUUCUUCCGGCAGCUUCUUGCCAAGUGUUGACUUUAUGCGUGUGUACGUAUUCGUUUCUCACCAGUGAGAUGAUCAGUUCUUGAGUCAUCAGAGCCGUGCGUGACACUUCCUUUUUGCCCUGCCCAGUGGUCCGCAGACGGCCAUUGCUGGUGCGUUACAGUGGUAUCCGUGGAGCACCCUCUGUGGUUAUGAUUCCUGCAUCAGGUUACCACGGACAAGACUUUUAUACCUUGCUGUAAAUCCUGCUUCUAAUCCUUGGGGACCGAUGGUUGUAUGUUGAUUCUGGGUUGCUGUGUGUCCCAGAGGAAGCGUUGAUCUCAUUAGGGGAAGACAGGCCUGCCUUUGACUGGCUGCCAGCCUUGUUCCUCUUCCUGAAUGUGCGUUGUUUUAUUUUGGUGACUGUACUGUGUGAGGUAUGAGAAGACCCAGGAAUUGCUGGCCGACAGCACAGCUGAACCGCAGGGCAGCCAGCUAAAGCACUCUGCCCCCACCUCCACUGCACACAUCAGGCGAGUGCGCAGUUCCAGAGCCAGAUGGGGAAGGAUUUGCUCUAGAGAACGGUAACUGAAGAGGGAAAACAGGCCUAAAAAUAAACCCUGGACAUAAGAAGGGAUUGGUGUACGCUUGGCUCUGAGAAGGUGCUUUGCGGUUUAUGUGAUCGGAUGCUGGAAAGUUCGUUGUCCAAAGGUCUACACAUGAAGUCACCAUAAAGAGGGUGGCUCCUGCUUCGUAAAGACCUCAUCGCCGUCAGGUGAGGCUAAGAUGAGCAUAACCAGUGACGAGGUGAACUUUUUGGUGUAUCGGUACCUCCAGGAGUCAGGCUUCUCCCACUCGGCCUUCACGUUCGGAAUCGAGAGCCACAUCAGCCAGUCCAACAUCAACGGGACGCUAGUGCCGCCGGCCGCCCUCAUCUCCAUCCUCCAGAAGGGGCUGCAGUAUGUGGAGGCUGAGAUCAGCAUCAACGAGGACGGCACGGUGUUCGACGGCCGGCCCAUCGAGUCGCUGUCACUGAUUGACGCGGUGAUGCCAGACGUGGUGCAGACACGGCAGCAGGCCUUCCGAGAGAAGCUGGCCCAGCAGCAGGCUAGUGCGGCGGCGGCGGCGGCGGCAACGGCGGCGGCAGCAACGGCAACGGCGGCAGCAGCCACCCCAGCAACCGCUGUGUCCCAGCAAAACACACCAAAGAACGGAGAGGCCACGGUGAACGGGGAGGAGAACGGGGCACACGCAAUAAAUAACCAUUCAAAACCAAUGGAAAUAGACGGGGAAGUUGAGAUUCCACCCAACAAGGCCACCGUGCUCCGGGGCCAUGAGUCCGAGGUGUUCAUCUGUGCCUGGAACCCUGUCAGUGACCUCCUUGCAUCCGGGUCCGGAGACUCUACGGCGAGGAUAUGGAACCUCAACGAGAACAGCAACGGAGGCUCCACCCAGCUCGUGUUGAGGCACUGUAUACGGGAAGGGGGGCACGAUGUGCCCAGUAACAAGGACGUGACCUCGCUGGAUUGGAAUAGCGAUGGAACACUAUUGGCUACAGGUUCCUACGAUGGCUUUGCCAGGAUAUGGACGGAAGACGGCAACCUGGCCAGCACCUUAGGCCAACAUAAAGGCCCGAUCUUUGCCUUGAAAUGGAACAAAAAGGGGAAUUACAUCUUGAGUGCUGGUGUAGACAAAACAACAAUAAUUUGGGAUGCCCACACAGGAGAAGCGAAACAGCAGUUUCCUUUUCACUCAGCCCCAGCUCUUGACGUAGACUGGCAGAACAACACUACCUUUGCCUCCUGUAGCACGGACAUGUGUAUCCACGUGUGCAGACUCGGCUGUGACCGCCCAGUCAAAACCUUCCAAGGACACACAAAUGAGGUCAAUGCAAUCAAGUGGGAUCCUUCUGGAAUGCUGCUAGCAUCCUGCUCCGAUGACAUGACGUUAAAGAUCUGGAGUAUGAAGCAGGACGCGUGUGUCCACGACCUUCAGGCUCACAGCAAAGAGAUCUACACCAUCAAGUGGGGCCCCACCGGGCCGGCCACCAGCAACCCCAGCUCCAACAUCAUGCUCGCAAGUGCUUCGUUUGAUUCUACGGUUCGACUCUGGGAUGUGGAGCGAGGAGUCUGCAUCCACACACUCACGAAGCAUCAGGAACCUGUCUACAGUGUAGCUUUUAGCCCCGACGGGAAAUACUUGGCCAGUGGCUCCUUCGACAAAUGCGUCCAUAUCUGGAAUACUCAGAGUGGAAGCCUCGUGCACAGCUACCGGGGCACCGGCGGCAUCUUUGAGGUGUGCUGGAACGCGCGUGGGGACAAAGUGGGUGCCAGCGCGUCCGACGGCUCUGUGUGUGUUUUAGAUCUGCGGAAGUGAACACAGGAAAGAGAAUUCUAAUGGACCAGCAAUGUGGGGUUGACACCCUCUUCAAACACAAUUCUAUCAGCUCCAAAACUGUACAAACCUGACUCGCAUUAGAGUGUACUUUGAAAUCAACUCGUCCCUGGCUACAGGAGUCUAUAUAUUUUUCAUAACCUUCAUCAAGAAGUUUCAAAAAAAAAAAAAAACACAACCCA